AUGGCCAUCGAGGACUCGCCCACCAAGAGGCUCCCCGUAAAGGAUAUUUACAAUUGGAUCCUGGAGCACUUCCCAUAUUUUGCCAACGCGCCCACCGGCUGGAAAAACUCGGUGCGGCACAAUCUCUCCUUGAAUAAGUGUUUCAAGAAGGUGGACAAGGACCGGAGCCAGGUGAGGAGGCUGUGA